CGGAUCGCAGGAUCAUCACAAAUGAUUCACGAUUUAAUUCAGUGCAUCUGUCGAAAAAUCAUGGAGCCAUUCGCGGUCGUUAUUCUGAGACGCGAAAUUGUUUAGUUUACGGGGCGAUCGAUUGAUAGCAAGUUCGAUGAAUUAGUCGUUCGCAAUAUCAACCGACUGAUUGAUUUUUAGAUUGUUGAGAUUUAAUUACCAGCGCGAUACAUUUUUUUGGCAAAAUCACUGCCGACUUCGAUUGAUUUUUAAAUCGACGGUCUCAUGUGUUCGAUCAACGCGAGAUUCGGCGAAUUGUUACAGGGGAUUAACCUAAUGGUGCCUUCGUGUGUGAUAACAAAACCUAGCCCCGUCGUCGUGAAGCAGCAGAGCAGCGCAGGAUCAGCUGGAAAAUUUCGCCAAAAUCUCAGUAAAAUCUCAGAACUGUUGAUUACGCAUCACUGGCAAAAGGCUAUUCAUUAACCAUAUUUAGUUAAUUUUUUAUACGAAGCCAGAUCCACCUCACCGCGCCGACAUCGUAGAAUGGUAGAAGGUGAAACCGACACAAAGCACAAUCAUAAGUGUGAUGUAAAAGACGAUCGUUUGAACGGCUGCGGUUCAAAAGACCUAGAACUUGCCGGACUUGGGUCAAAGGAUAAACCUCUAGACCCAGAAAAAGGAUCCUACUUAAAAGCUGAUUUUGAGAAGGCAAUCGAACUUACCGGGUAUGGCAAGUUUCAUUACUUCCUACUCGCAGUAUGCGGGUUCGUCAGUACGAGCGAGGAGAUGGACGUAAUAUCCAUGUCCUUUAUCCUACCAAGUGCACAAUGUGACCUAAAAUUGACUACCGAAGCCAAGGGAUGGCUCAGCUCAAUCAUAUUCAUUGGAAUGAUGGCUGGUGCUUAUGCGUGGGGCUCUGUUGCUGAUGCACUUGGCCGACGCAAAGUACUAAUCGUUAUUUCAUUUAUGAAUGCCCUCUGCAUCGUCGCAUCUAGCUUCAGCCAGUCCUACGAACUCUUCAUGUUCUUCCGUUUCCUCAACGGAGCUGCUCUUGGUGGCAGUGGACCGGUCAUCUGGUCGUACUUUGCAGAGUUCCAGCCAAAAUCAAAGCGUGGCUCCAUGUUGUCCUUCAUGGCUGCCUUCUGGACGCUGGGAAAUCUAUUUGUUGCCGGGCUGGCAUGGCUGAUCAUCCCUCACAACCUCGGUAUCACCACUGAAAGUUUCACAUUCAACUCUUGGCGAAUUUUCCUGCUGAUCUGCGCUGCUCCCUCCUUCAUAGUGGCGGGGCUACUACUGCUCCUCCCUGAAUCCCCUAAAUAUUUAUUAUCUCGCGGUAGAUACGAGGAGGCCCUCGAUAUCUUCCGUAGCAUUUAUGCCACCAACACCGGCAAACCCCGUGAUACUUACACGGUUAAAGAAUUAAUUCUCGAUGAUUUCAUCACGUCUCCACCAGUGAAAUCUGGAUCGGACGAAAAAAGCAAAUACAAAAUGAUGCUCGGUGACAUUCUUGAUAAUAGUAAACAACUAUUUGCAUCACCCAUUCUUCGUUUCACCAUCAUAUCGAUAUUCAUCAACUUUACAUUCCACAUUGGCUACUAUGGAUUGAUGAUGUGGUUCCCGGAGUUGUUCAAUCGUUUUGACAAUUAUGCCAAACAGAAUCAUAAUAAAGAAGCUCACAUUUGCGAAGUUACCGCUUUCUAUUUGAAAGACCGGGAAGCUAGGUACGCGGCAGAUGAAAAAUGUGUCAAUACAAUUGGUGAAUCCGUGUUUAUUGAAUCAAUCAUCACAGUUGCUGCCGCUAUUCCCGCUAAUAUCAUCGCUGUCCUUGGAAUGGAUCGCUUGGGAAGGAAAUUUUUCCUCGUUUUCAGUACUCUCUCAGCGGGUAUAUGUUCGAUGAGCCUCUACUUCGUAUAUAAUAAACUUCAUAAUCUUCUUGUAUCGGCGUUCUUCAGUGGUGUUAUAAGCUGUGGUAACGCGGCACUUGAUUGUCUUAUAACCGAAGUCUUCCCCACGAACUUACGUGCCACUGGUAUCGCUAUUUCCAUGGUUGCCGCGAGAUUAGGUGGUAUCAUCGGUAAUAUUGCCAUAGCACAGCUGUUGGAUACGAUGUGUGGGGCAUCAACAUUCAUCGUUGCUGCGCUCCUUAUUGGAGGCGGUUUAUUAUGUCUCUUUUUACCAAACACGACCCGCGAACCACUUUCCUGACACCAGUUCAUCAUAAAACGUACGAACACCUCUACCUGAGAAUUCCAUGUAUAGUCACAAUGCAUUUCCCUAGCGAAUAAUAUAAGAAUUUCAUAUCCUCUACCAUAAACAAAAAAAUAGCAGAACUCGAAGCUGAUAAAAAGUGAGAAGAGAUAGUAAAUGAGGCUCGAGAACCGGAGAGACAACAAAUUGUCCAGUUAGUCCAUAGUUGAGACAUUGGUAGAACAUUAUAGUAUUAUUAUUGAGCGCCAUCAAGAAGCAGUAAUUCAGGAGCGCUUGGAAUCAUGAAAAACUGAACUGAAUUAUGUGAUUGAGGGGAAGUGAAAAUAAAAAUAUUUAUACAUAGUGCAACAGUGCUCAACACCUUCAAUGUUUUGUAUUAUCUUUGUGUCUUGUAUUCAUCAUUGUUAACGUUCAGAGAUAUUUUCUUAGGUCUAAAGUACGUGGAUAUGCUCUGUGACUCGUUGGAUUGUGUCAGAGUCAAUUUAUGAAUGAAAUAAAUGAAAUAAGAAUAAAUAGAUUAUUGUGAUGAAGCAGAA